AUGACCCAGUUCAAUGACUGCCUGAAUGAUAUAGGGUGCCAUGAUAUGGGAUUCCUCGGCUACCCAUUCACAUGGGAAAAUAGACGUACACGAGGAGGUUACAUUGAAGAACGUUUGGACAGGUUUAUUGCAAAUGAAAAAUUGACUUAUCUAUUCCCUAACGGAAGAGUGCAACAUGGGGACAGGGCUCAUUCUGACCACCGACCUAUUAUGUGCGAGUCCAUGGGUGAGGAAGAUAUGGACGUUAAGUGGGUAGUUUACUUUCGUUUUGACCCGCUGUGGGCAAAGCACAGCGACUGCUUCACUGCGAUUGAGGCGGCUUGGAAAACCUCCUCUUCUAGUGAUAUACUUGACAAGAUAGCCCGCUGCUGCAAUGACCUUGAGAAUUGUAGCAGGCAAGCUUUCCCGGGUUUUGCAAAACAAAAGAAGAAGGCGUACAGGGCAAUCCGAGCAUUGGAGAGAAGAGAGAAAAAUGAGAUGAAUCUUGCUCGGCUCCGGGUUCUCGAGGACGAGCUGGCGGAUAUCCUGGAUAGUGAAGAAAAAUGUUGGAAGUAG